AUGGGUGACGCUGAAAAACUCGCGGAAAUCCGCGAAAGGAAGGCGAAGAAUGUUAUGAGGGAGUUGAAGAUCCAGAAGCUCUGCCUUAAUAUCUGUGUUGGAGAGUCCGGUGAUCGACUUACUCGUGCUGCGAAGGUGUUGGAGCAGUUAACUGGUCAGACCCCUGUGUUCUCAAAGGCGAGGUACACCGUACGAUCGUUUGGUAUCAGAAGGAAUGAAAAGAUCGCCGUGCAUUGCACUGUUCGUGGUCCCAAAGCUGAAGAAAUCCUUGAGAAGGGUCUGAAGGUCAAGGAAUUCGAGUUAUACAGAGAGAACUUCUCCGACUCUGGAAAUUUCGGCUUCGGAAUCCAGGAGCACAUUGAUCUCGGCAUUAAGUACGAUCCAGGGAUCGGAAUUUAUGGUAUGGACUUUUACGUGGUCCUUGACCGUGCCGGCCGUCGUGUUGCCAAAAAGAGACGCGCCACUGGUCGCGUCGGACCAAGUCACCGUGUGGGUCGCGAGGAGGCUGUGAAGUGGUUCCAACAGAAGUAUGAUGGUAUUAUACUGCCACCCAAGCCCAAGGUCAAGCGAACUGUUCACCGCAGACGAUAA